AUGUUUUCUCUCAUCAGAAAGAUCAGCAGUUCGCAGCACCCUAGCAACAACAUGCCAGAACAUUCAACACAGGAAAACGACACCAAGCAAGAAGAACAAGAGCAACAAGAAGAGCACGUCGACGGCACCAGCUAUGAUCCUGAUGCAGAUCCCAGAGAUCCUGGAAGAUACUACACUUUUCCACGUUUUGCUGAAGAGUAA